GCAACCUCUGUUUGGGCAAAUUACCAACAAAAAAAAAACACUGACAGACAUGGCAAAACAAAUUCUAGUUUGUGCAUUUGUUGCUCUGGCCCUGGUUGCCGCAAUUCAGGCGAGCGAUUUGAUCCUUGGCAACAUUAACACUGGUGAUCGCAUCUUGUACUCCGCCGUAUCAUCUGCUCCCGGCGUUCCGGGUGGACUUGUCAACCGUACGGUGAACUACAGUGGCAACUACAACAUCACCGCCAUCCGGGCGUACGAUCGCACGGCAAAUAGAACUGGACAAGCGCACUUGGUUGGCGGUGGACUGUACCAGCGGUACGCCAAUUUGGCCCUGUCGACCCGUUACAUUGCAAACCCGCUGGACUACCUCGUUGAGAUCUACGGCCGAUAAGUCGAAUAUGAGCGGGUCAUUUGUAGCCGAUUUUGAGGUAAUUUUAUUUACGAAUGUAAUAGUGCAUUAUCCACACACUCCAAAAUAGUAACCCAGAGCAUUCCGAGGCAAUCUUUCACAUUACAUAAUUUUAUUCUAGCUUCUGCUACACGUGCUUCGCACUACGAAACUAGUCCGUGCCCCUCUGUAUGCGUGAUCGCCUUAUCGUACAUUUUGAUUGAGAUGUUAGGAAAAACUGAGCCAGGUCUGCUAGUGUUUGCAUUACAGUAUCAAUGUUUAGACUUGAAAUUGUUGUCGAAGAAAUAAAAGUAGAGCAAUCAAUAAUCAAUAACCGAUCCCGAACACUAUACGCCAUUCCAAAUUUCUUCACAGUUUGUCGAAUUCAAAUUCAAUGCUAACCAAAAAAUAAACAAAU